AUGAGCUCAACUCGGAGUUGGAACAAGGGUACCAAAAAAGCUGUUGAAGAAAGUGAAAAAUACUACGAUGACGUGAUGAACGAGAUGGCGUGGAAACAAGAUGAGACAGAAAACGAGGAGCGUCUAGAUGAGCUUGUUGAGGUGACAGCCACCCAGGUAGACCCAGAUGUCUUCGAUGAGUCUGGUGAUGAGGAGUCUGAUGAUGAAAUUUGCGGCUUUUGUUUUUGUGUUCCUUGCCAGAUGGUGAGUCAUGGGGAUGUCCUGCUUGAGAUUGGCGGGGAGUGCAUCCACGAUGGACUUCUUCCACAUGAAAUCCGUUACAGGUUGUACCGCGAAUCCUUUCGCAUUUGGAAAGGUGUAGUUGGAAAGGGUAUCCGUCAGAAACUACCUCAUUGCUUCAUCAAGUUCAUUCGCCACCACUAUCCUGCCCCUGACGGAAAAUCGUACGUGGGCUUCCACGACCUUGGCACAGAAAAAGCGAACAAGGUGCAUCGUCGAGAGAAAAAGCUUCUUGCCCUUGCCAGUGAUGACUCUGACAAAUUCGACAAUGACGAAGAUCACUGCAACACUCCUCCCCCCGCUGCCGCUGCCGCGGCAGAAGCUGAGCCAAUGCAUUGCAGCCAGGUCUGGCCUGAAUCGCCAAUUAGGAAGAAAAAGAAGGCUCGCACCAGUGGUAAAUUCAAGGAUGACGACAACGAAAACAAGAACAAGAAACCCAUGGCCAUUUAG